GUACAUGAACUUGAAGGAGGUAUUGAAUUGGACACCAUCUCAGCACGUCAUCACGACAUCCUCAAUCAGUGGGCCAUUCAACGCGUGCAGAGGUGACCUUGAUGGCCCACACCGCGCCUCUCUGCUGAUAUCUCACACCAGCUGUCGAGAGCAUCACGAGACAUUUGCAAACAAUUCGGAUCCUCCUGCGCAUCGUUCUUCUUCACCCAACGACCACCGCAUUCUCCAUCCGAGUGUAUUGCCUACCAUGUCGUCCACUUCAGUAGCAGAGCAUCCACCACGCCAUCCCACGGCCUCGCCAUUCUUGAGGCUUCCCACGGAACUGCGUCUCCAGAUCUACUCUCUAUUACUCUUCCCACGACAAUCGACAGACCUCCUCUGCUCGUGGGACAAGCUCGAUGCCAGCGCCGUCGAUGCUGUCGACUACGAUCAGUGGGGCAUUCAAGAUGGAGUCGUGACUCCCGACCCACUGAACCACCCUACUCUACGCAUUCGAAGUGUCGAUCCCACGAAAUACCAGACCCGUUUCGCAAAUCGCCCACAUACACGCACCAGCUACAGCGUGCGAGCAGACCGUUUUGCGAAUCGAUGCAUGGCAACCACGUACCACUGCGUCAAUGUACCACACAUUGGGGAUAACCUGGCCAUCCUGCGAACAAAUCGACAGAUUCACGCGGAAGCUGCCGAGCUGAUGUACUCGAGCUACACGUUCGAUUUCGACACGCAUAUCGAAGCCAUUAUACCCUUCCUCCGCGAUCUCACGCCGCUGGCCAGGAGCUAUGUCAAGAACAUCCGCCUCACGAAGCGCGCAUUGGCCUAUAUCAAAGAGUUUGAUCGAUGCGAGUGGGAGAAUGCGUGGAGAUACUUGACCAAUGCGGAGAACAACAUCAACAUCCGCCGUUUGGAGCUUGCUGUCAUUGCAGGUCGCCCGGGGGACAAUGGCUGGGAUGGAGUUGCGACAUACUCGGCAGCAGACUUCAAUCUCCUCAAGACGCAAGAAGGAAUGGAGUGGUUGCAAUAUGUCGAGGAGAUUGGUCCCGUGCAGGAGCUGGAAGUGCAGGCCAUUGUGGAGCACUGUCCCAGCAUUACGAGUAGCAAUGCCAUGGCCAGUUAUGUGCGCUUCUCCGCGAGUGUCGAGGCUGGCUUUGCUGAGUAUUUGAGAGGUCGACUAUUGGCACCCGAAGCACAGAGGAGGCUGGCGGGUAGUGAGCCGUGCUGGGCGUAGAUGGGUGCUUUUAUAUGUGUGUUUAGUCCAGUUUAUAUUGUCCGAAUAAUCCAUAUAGACUAGACUUUAUUUAUACCAUGUUUC